GGGAUUGAUAGGGAUGUUUCCAUCAUGGCGGCAUCCAUUUCAGGUUAUACUUUUAGUUCUGUGUGUUAUCACAGCGCCAACAGCAACGCGGAUCAUGAGGGCUUCCUAUUAGGAGAUGUAAGGCAAGAAGAGACUGUGAGCAUCAGUGACACACAGAUCAGCAGUGCUGAACUGCUACAGGUAGUAGAAAUCCAUCACCAUGAUCCUUGUGCACAGUUGUUUAGCUUUUAUGACUACGCAGGUAAAGUCAAUGAAGAAAGUCUCAACAGCAUUCUUAAAGAUAGACGGAAAAAUGUCAUUGGUUGGUACCGGUUCCGAAGGAAUACGCAGCAGCAGAUGUCGUUCAGGGAACAGAUCAUCCACAAACAGCUGACCCAGCUGCUCGGUGUACCCGACCUCGUCUUCCUUCUUUUUAGCUUCAUCUCCACCGCCAACAGCUCCACACACGCACUGGAAUAUGUGCUCUUCAGACCUAAUCGAAGGUACAACCAGAGGAUUACACUCUCAAUCCCAAACCUUGGUAACACGAGCCAGCAGGAAUACAAAGUCUCUUCAGUUCCCAACACCUCACUUAACUACGCAAAGGUCAUUAAAGAGCAUGGGGCUGAAUUUUUUGACAAAGACGGUGUGAUGAAGGAUAUCCGAACAAUAUUCCAAGUCUACAGUGCACUACAAGAUAAACUGCAGGCUGUUUGUGGUGAGGUAGAACAAAGUGAGCGUGUUAAAGAGAAAAUUCAAGAGGAAGUGAACAAACUCAAACAACAAAUUGCUCUCAGGAAACGCAAGACUGCAGAAGAGGAGAGAAGGCUCCGUGAAGCCCAAAAUGCAGACUCCCAUUCCACUCCAGAGGAGAACACAGAACCUUGUGAGGGUUCUCCGCUGUCCGGGAUAACUUUCCCCACACCCUCUGCUCCGGAGCGGCCCAGUACCUCACCUAACCCACCAUCUUACACUGACCUCAUGUCCCAAGAUGACUCUCUCCUGCCCUCUUCUUCCCCCCCUACUAGUGCUGCUCUGUUACCCCGGCCCCAAGCUGUGGGCUCCCCAGGACACCCUACCCCUGGCCCUACGGUGAUGGGCUUGGGUCUUGGCCACGGGCUGGGCCUGGGCCUCAGCGCAAGUUCAAAUCCCGUUACCACUCCCAGCACUCCGUACCUUGGCAAUGGUGAUGGCUCAAGCUCUGACUCGUUAGACAGACAAGCUGCAGGGCAGGAAGACGAUGAGGAGGAGGAGGAUGACGAUGAGGACAGUAGCGAAUAUGAGAACUUAGUGAGCGAAGGUGCUCACCUGCCAAUGGUCUCUGCCAGCGUUUUAGCUCAAGGUCGACCAGCUGCCCUCAGCCCUGACGGGGAUGCUCGUGGCUCGCAGGCCACAUAAAAAAACAACAAACAAAAAAACAAGCCACAGGAUGUGUAAGGGACACAAAUAUGUGACACACCUUGAGAGGUGGGCAUCGGAAGCAAUCAAAGAUGGGCAAAUACAGACAAAAAGAAGUGCCAGUCCUGAAAGUGAAAGGCAUGUGCAAGUGAUGUCCCACUGUGUGUAUUCUUGUCUUAGUCUGAUCUCCAUUUUAAGGGGAAACCUACUAGGCUUUGCAGGCUUAAACAGGUGCAUCUCACUGGGUGAAAAGUCGUUUGUCUUUAUGUUUUGUUUCAAAGUGGGCCGGUUUUGGUAUUUAAGUGUGGCGUUGUUGGAUUUCAGGGCGAGCAGUGAAGAUUUAAACAUUAUUCAGGCCAACUGGUUGGCUAAGAGAUUAGCCCAUGCUUUCUGUAUGUUAAGUGUAUAUCUUUUUGUUUCAAAUUUGGAUCACUGACUUUAAGCACCCACUCUUACAUUGCCUCUUGCACUAUUUUUGUUUUCUUGCUUUCUUCUACACAAACCAACUAUGAAAAUGAAGGGAAAAUAUUCCGCGGCCUUCAAACAAUUUUCAGUGAAGUAGGCAAAUGGUUGUUUACUUUUUAAUUUUAAGAAAGAAAUAUAUGUGUAACUAGAAUUUAUUCAAUGUGCACAUUUUGUCUUUUCGAUUUUCAACUUGUUAGUGUCUUUUCCAUGUUUCACGGUCUUUAAUUAACCGUACCGUUGCCUAUUAAAAUAAUGAUUCGAUUUCAAACAAAAUUUACUCUGCCACUUCUAGGAUGGGUGCUUUUAUAUAUAUAUAUACACAUAUAUAUUUUGUCAGAUUAACAGUUGAUCUAAUUUGACUGACAGUGUCAAUGUCUCGUUCUUCUAGGAUAACACUGAAAUUGUAUGCGCUUUGCUGCACUUAACAAAAUUUUAGAUUUCUUUAAUAAUGUGCUAUACCAAUGCUGACAUGUUGUGCCACUUGAGUAGUCCUCUUUGACCACCCUGAGCCAAAAUCAGCUCAGCUCUUUUGCAUUGUAUGGGGUUCACAGGGCAAACAGUGUACUGUAGCUUUACUAACCAGAUGCUUAUGGUUCCCUUCUGCUGCUGCAUCACACACAGAGAGCUGCCACUAAAAAAGAAAAAUUGCAUCCAUCUGUACUUCUUCAUAUAAAAACCUGGCUGCUGCUUCCACUUUACAGUGCUGGUUUUCUCAAUACUACUGACCAUGUUUGUGUUCAUUUAACCACUUUGAACUUACUUCUCACUAAUAUGUUCUUUAUUAAAAUCAUAAUGGAAUUAUGGCUGGCACCCCUGUACAGUGUGAAUUGCAACUUUGGGAACAGAGACUGAGCAAUCACCUUCACGUUUUUGCGUAGUUGAAUGCAGACCUCAUGUGUUGUGACCUGCCUGAUUCAGUGUAAAGUAUAAGGACCUGGUUUAAUGUGAUGAAAACAUCAUGACCUUGCUUCAGUGCCUUCCACUCAGGGCAGUUUCAGUCUGCACACAAAACACAUUCACAGACCUCUCUUUGGGGGGGAAAGUUGUAUUUUAAAAAAAAAAAAAAAUACUGUGUUGUGUUUGCAAUAAUCAACUUCCACGUUUUUUGUUUUUUUUUAUUUUAAUUGAGCCUUGCAGUUUAAUGCAUGCAUUUCCAUAAUGUCAUGUUUUGUCUCCCUGAAACUGUCUUUUCUGCUUCCCAAAGAUGUUUUUUUCCCUCUUUUUACCUUUCCUGGUGGCUUCUGAGUGGAUGUGUAUCUUAAUGUUGCAACUGUGACUGCUUGCUUUAUUAUUUGAAACUGGAAACAUAAAUGUAAAGUCAGAACGAAUCUGUGUCACGACCUAGCAGCACCCAGGGCAAAGUUGGUGAGGUGACAAACAGCUUUUUAAACCUCUGGCUCAUUUGAAGACAGCCAUAGUGAGAGUGGUGGGGUUUUUUGUUGUUUUUUUGUUUUUUUUUUUGGGUGGGAGGGGUUCUCUAGACAUUAUUAUAUUAAGCAUGGAAUGGAUGUUUGCACUGUUUGUGGAGGUUGUUUGACAUAGUGAGGAGGUUGCACUCAGUUUGGAAGACAUUUCAGGGUGGAGACACUUUGCCUUGUGAACAAGCUCUGCUUUAUUUACACAGCCUGUUUUAUGUCUUUUUUUUUUCUUUUUCUUUUUUUUUUUCUUUUUUUUGGCCUUGGAGGCAUUUGAUUUGCCCUGAUGUGUAAUGCCAAUGCAUCACUGGUCAGGAACUGGCACUCAGAAAUGUUGCUGAAUAAUCACCCAGAGUAACACAAUCAUGCAAUGUUAAAAGAAAUGAUAAAAUCGACUUGUUAGGAGUGUUUCCUUUGAGUACUGGAAUAUAAUAAGGAAAUAAAUAAUGAAUGUAUAGUAAACACGGGGGUGGGGUAGCAUUUAAACUGAACUUACCGUAUGAGCUUGUCUCAGUUGAGUGUUGUGGUAUCGAGCAGCAGUUCUCAGUCUUGGUCCUCACUCUUGAUCCUGGUCUUCAAGCCCUAGAAAAUUUGUUUUGCUUUGUUUUUUAAAAAAUCCCUUCUGCCAUCCUUUCAUGACCAGAUGGUCAGAUAGGAAACCAAAAGGGCAGAAGACCACUGGUGUAAAGAGUGAGAGACCUAACAUUGUUAGGAUCGUAUACCUUUUAAGCUCCAAUACACUCAUGUACUCUUACUGUAUAGGGUGACCUUUCACUUCCUCCGCCCCCAAGUGGUUCAUUGCAACAUAAACACCUCCCCAAAGCACAAAAUCCAGAGCGCAGUUUAGAUCUUCUUGGCUUUUAUCUGGAUUUGUGUACUUGACAAUAGCUGACCAAGGACUUGCUUAGAUGAGCACAGAGAAUAAGGUUCUUGAACUGGGAGGAUAAUAAAUGAGACAUGCAUAUG